CGAUAGAGUGGAAAAUGUUGAAUUAACUGAUAUGACUCUAUGGUUUUAAUAUUUGAUUACAUUAAUUAAGUACAAAUUAGAAACUGCGCUGGCUCAGAACGUAAACAAAUUUCUUGAUGAAGAAACAAAUUGCUGUUUCAUUUUUGUAAAUAAACAAUCACAAUGGCAACAGAAAUUGAAAAAAGUCUUCUGGUAAUAGUUUUGGAUGUAAAUCCCAUGCAAAAGCUGGUCAAACAAGUUUUAACACAAUGUUUAGAUUCCACUAUUGUUUUCUCGAAUGCACAUCUAAUGCAAACAUCGAAUAAUCAUUUGGCAAUAAUGGCCUGUCACAGUCAAGGUGCUCAGUUUCUUUAUCCUCAAGAAAAAAUGCCGGAAGUGAGACAAUUUGAUGGCCAGUAUGAAAAGUUUACGCAACUUGAACGAACUAUUCGUCAACAAGUACAUAAAAUGAUUGGUGAAAUGUCUUUAGAUAGAAAAUGUAAUGAAGAAAGUUUAAUUUCUGGUGCCUUAUCAAUGGGCUUAUGUUACAUAGCCAGACAGGAGAGAGAAAAGUUUGCAGGUGAAAAAUUACACUCCAGAAUAUUAGUUAUUACCGCUAGUCAUGAUUCAGCCACACAAUAUAUGAAUUACAUGAAUAUAUUUUUCACUGCUCAGAAAAUGGGAAUAAUGUUGGAUGUCUGUAGUUUAGAUCAUGAAUUAACUCUUCUUCAACAAGGUUGUGAUUUAACUGGUGGUAACUAUCUUAAAAUACCACAACAAAAUGGACAACCACCAUUAGCUGGAUUACUUCAGUAUUUAUUGUGGGUCUUUUUACCAGAUCCUGUCGUAAGGUCAAAAUUAGUAUUACCACCACCUGUGAAAGUAGAUUAUCGUGCUGCAUGUUUUUGUCAUCAAGAAUUGGUUGAUACAGGUUUUGUUUGCUCAGUAUGUCUCUCAAUUUUCUGCAAAUUCAGUCCCAUUUGCACUACUUGUCAUACGGUCUUCAAAAAUCCUGCUCCAAUUCCAAUAAAGUUGAAAAAAAAAAAGAAAAACAUGGAUCUUGCACAUUAAACCUGUUUUACGUUUUAUAUAUUAGAUAAAUAAGUAAAUUGUAAAUUAGGAGAAAUGCACAUUUCAGUCACAUAAUUUUUGUUU